AUGGGCGGCUUCGAUACAGUCUUCCGGGAUCUCAGGGUCCCGAUCUCGCCUAAACUCGAACAAUUGGCCGAAUGCUUGCAGAACGUUAUUCCCCCUGAUUCACCUGGCCCGCGUUGCCUGCGUCUCCGCCACCGCAUUGACUUUGGCAAGUUUGGCUGCCUAAUUUUGACCCACGAGGGAUUGAUUUUCCCCGAGGAACCCCCGGAAAUCGUCCUCCCAGCCAUGGUUCCUGGUGGGGACCACUGGACUGCAGUCUGCAAGUGA